AUGAGUCCUACGCGCGAAGAAGUUCAAUACCGUCGCUGUAAAACCGUGUCACAAGCAAUGAAAAUUGCUUUAGAGUACGAUCGAUCUCAUCAUGUCCGCAGAAAGAACGUUAGUCCUCCGGUGUUCUUGCAGGACCGAUCGCGUCCGCAUACGAACGGAAACCAGCAACAACAAUCUGCACAUGCACACCCUCAGGAGAACAAACCCGAGCCAAUGGAAAUUGAAUCAGGGACUGUCAAGGUGUCUACUUCAAAUUCAGUCGCACCUGCAAGUGACGAAGAAAGAGUUGUUGAAGUGGAAGAAAAUUUGACCUCUACUUUGCCGACCAUGCAUAGGGAAAACGAACUCAUUCGUAGACAAGGGACUUGUGAAGGGAAACCUGCCGCCAUUAUGCUCGACAGUGGUGCCACAUGCAAUGUUGUUCGUCCAGGGCUAGCCAACAAUAUGUCUACCUCGGGAGUUUCACAAGUCACCCGUUUUGACGGAACUUCUUCGAGAGGUCGUUCUGUAAAGAAAGGUACCGCCACCAUAGGCUUUAGUCGCUAUCGGUUUCAGGUUAUAAAAUGGCCGUUGAGAUCCGCACAUGAUGUCAUCUUAGGAAAACCUUGGUCUACCAAGUUCCAAACUAACAUCGAUUGGCGAUCGCAUGAGAUUUUCUUUCCGUCCAUGCGUAAUCCACCAACGCCACCCGUAAUCUCCCAGGAAGCUCUGGAGAUUGCUGCUAUCGACUUUAAACGCAAAAUCAAGAAGAAGGCUUACGACGAAGUGUAA